ACACUGGCGGCUAUAUCACCUGUCUUCUCUCCUACGCAAAACCCCCCUCAAAACCCCAUCUGUUCUUCAUACCAGACCCUAAAAUCUCUGUUUCUGCUACUACGCUAUGGCUGGGGCUCUAGUUCACUCUGCAUACUUCUCUUCUGGUGUCCGUGAACGGAAGCUUCAGGCAAAUGGAACCGGGAAGGUGAAAAGAACAGUUAAAAUGAUGUGCAGUUCAUAUGCUCCUCCCAUGAGGAUGAGAACCUUUUCAGGAUUGCGGGUAUCCAAUGCUUUGGAUAACAUUCUGAGAAACGGUCAUGAUUUCCAUUCUAAGGUUGCUUUGGCAACAUCUGGUCGACGACGAAAGGUUAGCCGAUUUGUACCAAAAGCCAUGUUUGAGCGCUUUACCGAGAAGGCUAUAAAAGUUAUUAUGCUUGCCCAAGAGGAGGCACGUCGUCUAGGCCACAAUUUUGUUGGCACUGAACAAAUAUUACUAGGUCUUAUCGGUGAAGGAACUGGUAUUGCCGCCAAGGUUCUGAAGUCGUUGGGAAUCAAUUUGAAGGAUGCACGUGUGGAAGUAGAGAAAAUUAUUGGCAGGGGUAGUGGAUUUGUUGCUGUUGAGAUCCCAUUUACUCCUCGAGCUAAACGUGUUUUGGAACUCUCAUUGGAGGAAGCCCGCCAACUUGGGCACAACUAUAUUGGAUCAGAGCACUUGCUACUUGGUUUGCUUCGAGAGGGAGAAGGUGUUGCAGCCCGUGUUCUGGAGAAUUUAGGAGCUGACCCCAAUAACAUUCGCACUCAGGUGAUUAGAAUGGUUGGUGAGAGUGGAGAAGCUGUGGGUGCUAAUGUUGGAGGUGGAAGCUCUGGCAGCAAGAUGCCAACGCUGGAGGAAUAUGGCACAAACUUGACGAAGCUAGCUGAGGAGGGUAAGCUGGAUCCUGUUGUUGGAAGGCAGCCACAAAUUGAACGAGUCACCCAGAUCUUGGGACGUCGGACAAAGAAUAAUCCCUGCCUCAUUGGAGAACCUGGUGUAGGAAAGACGGCCAUUGCAGAAGGCCUUGCCCAAAGAAUUGCAAAUGGUGAUGUCCCUGAAACAAUCGAGGGGAAGAAGGUAAUAACCCUAGAUAUGGGUCUACUUGUUGCUGGCACAAAAUACCGUGGGGAGUUUGAAGAAAGAUUAAAGAAGUUGAUGGAAGAAAUUAGACAAAGCGAAGACAUAAUUCUGUUCAUUGAUGAGGUUCACACUUUAAUCGGAGCUGGAGCAGCAGAAGGAGCUAUUGAUGCUGCUAACAUAUUGAAGCCAGCUCUUGCUAGAGGUGAAUUGCAGUGUAUUGGGGCUACGACGCUUGAUGAAUACCGAAAGCAUAUCGAGAAAGACCCAGCAUUGGAGAGACGAUUCCAACCCGUUAAGGUGCCUGAGCCGUCUGUUGAUGAAACAAUACAGAUUUUGAGGGGACUUCGAGAGCGAUAUGAAAUACACCACAAGCUUCAUUACACUGAUGAUGCUUUAGUUGCUGCAGCGGAGUUGUCCCACCAAUAUAUAAGUGACAGAUUUCUUCCCGAUAAAGCAAUUGAUUUGCUUGACGAAGCUGGAUCUCGUGUUCGGCUUCACCAUGCACAGCUACCCGAGGAAGCAAGAGAACUUGAAAAAGAGCUUAGACAGAUUACAAAGGAGAAGAACGAAGCUGUCCGUGGCCAGGACUUCGAAAAGGCAGGAGAGCUACGAGAUAGAGAAAUGGAUCUAAAGACUCAGAUAUCGGCUCUAAUUGAAAAAAACAAGGAAAUGAACAAGGCAGAGAGCGAGGCGAGUGAUGUUGGUGUCACUGUGACGGAAGCCGACAUCCAACAUAUAGUCUCUACUUGGACCGGUAUACCCGUAGAGAAAGUCUCUAGUGAUGAAUCCGAUCGCCUCCUCAAAAUGGAAGAUACCCUCCACACACGAAUCAUCGGUCAAGAUGAAGCCGUGAAAGCCAUAAGCCGGGCUAUCCGCCGUGCACGUGUCGGUCUCAAGAACCCUAACCGUCCCAUAGCCAGUUUCAUAUUUUCAGGACCCACAGGUGUCGGAAAAUCCGAACUUGCAAAAUCACUAGCCACCUACUACUUCGGUUCCGAAGAAGCCAUGAUUCGUCUAGAUAUGAGUGAGUUCAUGGAGCGGCACACAGUCUCAAAGCUCAUCGGUUCACCUCCUGGAUAUGUUGGCUACACCGAAGGCGGUCAACUAACUGAAGCAGUCCGACGCCGUCCUUACACCGUGGUCCUCUUCGACGAAAUUGAGAAAGCUCACCCCGAUGUAUUCAAUAUGAUGCUUCAGAUUCUCGAAGACGGAAGGUUGACCGAUAGCAAAGGACGAACAGUUGACUUCAAGAACACGCUUUUGAUCAUGACAUCAAACGUAGGAAGUAACGUGAUCGAGAAGGGUGGACGAAGGAUAGGAUUCGAUCUUGAUUACGAUGAGAAAGAUAGCAGUUACAAUAGAAUCAAAAGCCUGGUUACAGAGGAACUUAAACAAUAUUUUAGGCCGGAAUUCUUGAACAGACUGGAUGAAAUGAUUGUGUUUAGACAGUUGACGAAGUUGGAAGUGAAGGAAAUAGCGGACAUAAUGCUGAAGGAAGUAUUCGAGCGGCUAAAGGGUAAAGAAAUAGAACUUCAGGUGACGGAAAGAUUCCGCGAUCGAGUGGUGGAUGAAGGUUAUAACCCGAGCUAUGGAGCAAGGCCGCUAAGAAGAGCCAUAAUGCGGCUUUUGGAGGAUAGCAUGGCGGAAAAGAUGCUUGCACGUGAGAUCAAGGAGGGUGAUUCGGUCAUUGUUGAUGUUGAUUCCGACGGUAACGUGACGGUCCUCGGUGGCGGGGCCUUGCCGGAACCCGUUGCAGUGUAGACCAAGUCAUUUGUUGGACAUUUUACCUGCAUAUGUUGGUGGGGGUUUUGGUUACAAGCUGUUGUGUGUUUAUUUUUGUUCCUCCUUAAAAAGUUAUUUGAGUUAGGUUCUACAUUCCAAGGCUUGUAUAUACCAACUAAAUGUGCAAGAUUUUGUAAGGUUGGAGUGGUUGAAUUGUGGUUUAAAAUUCUUGAUCUUUCGCUUUUUGAU